AUGGGGACGUACAGCUCCGACAAGCUGACGCUAUCCCCCACAUAUGCCGUCGACGGCUUCCUGUUCGGCUGUCAACACGCCCCCGAGGAGACGCCCAACGACGACGACGACGACGCCAGGACCGACGGGAUCAUGGGGCUCGGUGGCGGGGUACCUUCGCUGGUGUCUCAGACCGCGGAGAAAGCCUUCUCAUACUGCCUCCCGCCGUCACCGAGCUACUCGGGGUUCCUGACGCUCGGCGUGCCACGCGUCUCCUCCUCGAGGUUCGCGGUGACUCCCAUGUACACGUACCUCGACCACCCCACGUUCUACAUCGUGGUCCUGCAGGCCAUCGUCGUGGCCGGGCGGCGCCUCGACGUACCGACGUCGGUGUUCUCCAAUGGCGCGAUCAUGGACUCGGGUACGCCGAUCACAACGCUGCCACCACAGGCUUAUCGCGCGCUGCGUGCGGCAUUCCGGAAGGAGAUGAGGAUGUAUCUGCGAGCGGCGCCAAUGGAGAACUUGGACACCUGCUUCAACCUCGACGGCAAUGUCGGUGACGCCAAUCUGCCCAACAUUACCCUAGUGUUCGAGCGGGGCGCCGCCAUGGAGCUCGACCGGAAGGGGAUCAUUGUCAACGACGGCUGCCUCGCGUUCGCUCCCCACAACGAUGACACCUCCCCGGGAAUCAUCGGUAACGUGCAGCAGAGAACGUUCGAGGUGCUGUACGACAUCGGCGGCCAGGCUGUGGGAUUCAGGCGUGGCGCCUGCUGA